ACGCUACUGGUGUGUGCGGGUCACGUGACUCCUUCAUCACAAUGGCGACGAGGUGUUAGAACCCUUUCUGAUGUAAUUCCGGGAGAUAACCAGCCACGCCUACCCGAUGGCUUUCGCCGGCAUCGCUCCACCGGAUCCGUUCCUUCCGACACCGGGCCGCUCCGUGCAGCCAUGGUCCCGAUGGCACGACAUGUUCAAGGUCUGCCUGGUGGCUUCCGGUGCUUCCGAGUUCUCCCCAGAGCGACGCAGGGCUCUUCUACUGCAUUCCUUGGGACCCGAAGGCCAACGUAUUUUCAACACCCUGUCUGUUUCGCAGGCGGCAGAAAAGACAGAGGAGGAGAAAGGGAGCGCAGCUACGCCCGACAUGUAUGAGUCCGCGGUAGCGGCACUGGCCAAGCACUUCGAUACCACCUGCAACCUGGUCGUCGAGCACCACCAAUUUCAUUGUCGCAUUCAGUCCCCAGGCGAGUCUAUUCAAGAGUACAUGACCGCGCUUACAGAGCUGGCCGUGAAGUGUUUAUUUACGUCGCAAGAAGAGUCAUUACGUGACCAGUUUGUUGCCGGUGUGUCCUGGCAUCGUAUUCGGGAACGUCUUAUGACUGGCAUCCAGAAUUUGGAUCUCCUGACAUCAACAAAUAUGACGCAGGCCUGGGGCAAGCUGAAGAUCACACGCAUGUAUGAGGCUUCUAAACUGCAGGAAUUGUGCCAUCCUCUCAGCAGAGUGCUUUGGCGCUACAUUCCCGAGGCAGACUGCACCGAUAAUGAGAAAGGUUCACUCGACGUCACUGUCAGCAUGGAGGAGCGCAUCUUAAGGAGCCACAUCAUGAAGCACCAAAUGGAGCCAUACAUGAAGAUACUGCUCCAUGAUGUGGCAUUCCACGAUGUAACAGCAAUGCGAAUUUACAGAUUUUCGAAGAAUGACCUCGCAAAAGAGGAGCUGCAGUUUUACGAGUCCCAUGUUCCGCACACUGAAAAGGAGGAGGAGGAGGAAUAA